CCUACUCCACUUACCAGACACCCACCUACUGUAUACCCCUCCCCUAAACAGACAUUCACCCACUCACCAUCUGUAGUUUCCCUUCUCCCCCACCUCCUCCCACCCUCUGCUCCCCCUCCUCAAGAAGUAGACCUGAACAGUGGGGAGGAAGGGACCCCAGCCAGAUGCUCCAGUCCUCUGGGCUGCACUGACCUCAGCUCGCUUAGUCCGAAGAAACUACAACAAAGAAGAGAGAUACCCCCCUCCCCUCCUUAGCCAAGAAACCACUGCCCCCAAGCCCAGAAACAUAGAGGAAAAAGAAACAGAGCUUGGAGGCUGCAGAGGUGGUGGGGUCUGCCUGGAGGCAGGGAUCCUUCGCCCCUGAGUGGGGGCCGGGGUUGGAGUAGGAACCAGGGCAGGCUUGGGGGGCUUGCAUUAGAGAAGACAAGCAAAGGAAGACGUCUGCCGGAGCUUCGAAGCUUUCGGGCUCGGACGCCGCCAGUCACCAUGGGAUGCUGCACCGGGCGCUGCACUCUCAUCUUCCUCUGUACUCUGCAGCUGCUCUCAGCAUUAGAGAGGCAGAUCUUUGACUUCCUUGGCUUCCAGUGGGCACCAAUUCUUGGAAAUUUUCUUCACAUAAUAGUUGUCAUCUUGGGCUUGUUUGGAACCAUUCAGUUUAGACCUCGAUAUAUAGUGGUGUACACGGUGUGGACUGCCCUGUGGGUCACCUGGAAUGUUUUCAUUAUCUGCUUUUAUUUAGAAGUAGGCGGGCUGUCUAAGGUGGGUUGAUUAUACCUUUAACUUUGGGAUGAAGAAAAUGCUUUGGCAAAUGACAAUUAUGAUUCAUACCAUUUUAUUACUGAUUCAUUGAUCUUAGAACCAAGAGGAAGAUUAAUUGUUUUUAAA